AUGGAUAAAUAUGAAGAGGCAUUACCUAGUGUGUUUUUUCGACCCUCAGAACCAAGUUUUUUGCCUAGGGACUCUCUUACGAGUCAAGGAGAUUCUUCAUAUGCGGGCGAUGACACUUUUCUAACGGACAGUUGGGAUGAAGGUGACAAAGAUAUAACUGAGCAAGAUAAAUGGAAUUUGAUAGACGAAUGGCUAAAAAAAUUUUACAAAAAUAAACUGAUACCACCGUUCGAGCGAAACUCGGCAACUGCUUCUGCGUUAUAUGAGUUGGCUGUUUUUAAUAUAAAGCAGGAUGCGAUGGCCGAAAUCACGCUUAAAAAUCUUAAAGUUCAUGCUAUGGAAUAUAGUGCUGAGGCUAAACGAAUCAAUGAUAUUCUUGAGACUAUGAGUGUCCCAAAAGAAGAAUUAUCAAAGAAUGGCAGUGUUGCAUUGAAUACAUUGAGUUCUCUUGCUAUCACUUUAGGAUUGGGUGAUGUGGAAAGUAGCAGUUUUAUUCAAGCAUUGGCACAACUAAACAUUAACACGGCGAGAGCUGAGCGCAAACAUAAAAAUGCCACGCGCGCUGCUUCAGCUCUAGAAACACGUAUAAAAGAGGCAAAUAUUCAGAAAAUAAAACUUUCUAGACUUUUAUCAAACCUUCGAGACAAUUGGGACUCGAUGGAAGAACAAAAGUUGCGAGAAUGGAGAAAGAAUACAGAUACAUUGACACAAAAAGGAUGUGAAUACCAAGAUCGAUUAUCACGUUUAGAGAAACAAUACACAUCAAUGAAUAUCGAAGAAGGUGGUUUACGUCUAGAAAAACUCAAGCAACAACAAGAACGUGUGAUAGCAAUGGAAAAAGAAGUGAAAAUAAAAAGCCAAAAAUUGAGAAAUUAUCAAGAUAUGCCACCGGAUAUCAAAUUAGCAACUCUAAAAUUGCAUGAGGCCAAAGAAAAACUGAACGAGUUAAAAAUCAAUAGGGAAGAAUUACUUAGCAACAUGGCAGAAAAUGUCUGGUGA